GGAUCGACGGGAUACCUGGGAACGUACCUGGUAAAGGCAAGCAUUUCUAUGGGCCAUGACACCUACGCCUACACUCGCCCUCUCAAACCAAACGACAACAACUCUUCCAAGCUCCAACUUCCCAGGGAAUUUGAGUCCAUGGGAGAGUCACCCUUUUCCAGGAAAAUAUUUUCUUUAAUUUCCCUAUAAUAUAUAAUGUGUUUGCCUUUGAUGAUUAUAUAUGUUUUGACACUGAUUCUUUCGUCUAUGUAUUGGAAAUUAAAACAGCGUGAGCUAGAUGACCAUGAAAAACUAGUUUCUGUGCUUCGACAAGUAGAGGUCGUCAUCUCUGCACUUCCAAUCCGUCAAUACCUAAAGCAACUCAAUAUUAUACAAGCCAUGAAAGAUGCUGGCACCAUCAAGAGGUUUGUUCCUUAUGAGUAUGGAAACGAAGCAGACAGAGUGACAGCUCUUCCACCUUUCGAGGCAAUGCUCUCCAACAAAAGAAAGAUCCAAAGACCCACGAAGGCGGCUAGACUCUCUUACACUUUCAUCUCCACCAACUCAUUUGCAGUGUACUUUGUUAACUAUUUGCUCCAUCCAGAGAGAAAGACCACCAAGUCAUCAUAUAUGGAAGUGAAGAAGCAAAAGGUACCACUUACAAACUGCUAUAUUCACAAAUAUUGAAAUAAAGUAUAAUCUUUAAG